AUGACAAAGUUCAUCAACUGUAAAGUUAUAAUAAUCACCCUCCUAAUCGUGAUUAAACUUUACAUUAAACCCAUUUUGGCAGGACUUGUUCUGGAAGUACCCGAGGUCGCACAGUCAGAUUUUGAUGAUUAUGUAAAGAAAACAAAUAGAAUACCAGUUGUUUUAAAUUAUCCAACACUCUUCAUAUUUUCAACUGGAGCCAUUAAUGAUUUCAGGAAUGUUUCAACACUUCUAUCUCAUGACGAAAAGUGUGAAUUCGUAACCGUUGAAUCGGCAACGCCAUUCGAUGGAAAUAUAACAUCACUGGAGCCAGUAAUGACGUAUGUUAAAGACGGACAGACAAAGAAAUACGACGGACCAAUAAACCCUGGGUAUAUCAUGAGUUGGCUGAGUAACCAGAGAGUCUGUGAAAUGAGAGUCAAGGAUCUCUCGAAUUUCAAAGCACUUCAAAAGUCGCUGCCAUCAGGACAUGUACAAGUAAUGAUCUUGUUUGGAGAAGGACAAAACGACCCGGAAGUUGUGGAAACAGUCAGAUCAUUCAUUUCAGAAAAGGAACUCGCAGUCCCAGUUUUAUACGUACCAGAUCAAGCUCUCUCAGAUCAAAUUGCUAAAUCACUCAAUCAAGACCAAAUAAAAUAUCCAACCGUAUUGGUAUCAAGAAACACGACACUGUUACCAAAAACCUCGUUCUACACCAACGAUAUGAGAAAUAAGAAGGAGCUUUACGAGUUUUUGAAGGAAGAACUGAUCCCGCCGAUCCAUUCAACUAACUCGUACAUGCUCCCGAUGUUCCUGGUUAUGAAGAAGACGAUAAUAUACAUAUUUACUAAGGAAAAAGAACUUAAAAAGUACCUGAGCGAAUCCUGGAUAAACACAGUCCCUAGAAAACAUAGCGAAAAACUGGUCUUUCUCCACUCUAAGGGCUCAGAACUGGUGGAAAAUAAAAUGAACACAAUACUGGCAAUUGACUCUGAAUACGAGGAAAUAGUCGUUAGAGCAUUUGUAAUUAACCUUGAUACGCUAGAAUUUUACAAAUUCAAGCCCUUGACAAUAGAAGAUGGAACAAUAUCAGAGGAGGGAAUGAAUAAGUUUAUUGAUGACUUGGAGAAUGGUAGAUUAAGCCAUUAUGUAAAGAGUGAACUUCCGAUACCAGAAAACAUCGAUAAGGGUCCAGUUAAAACGAUUGUGGGCGAAGAUUUCCACAGAAGAGUCAUUGAGUCCAAGGACGAUAUUCUUGUGCUGUUCCUCUCAUCAUGGUGUGGACACUGCCAUAAAGCAAAGAGACUUUUUAGGGAUAUGGGAAGAAGGCUGAAAGGGUCAAAUGGGCCGAUUUUGGCAACGUUUGACGCCUAUAACAACGAAGUCGAAGAUAUGGAAAUCAGCCAAUUCCCAACAAUAGCGCUAUUUCAAAGCGGUAAUAAAACCGACCCAUUGUUUUAUAACGGACCAGAUACCCUUGAAGAUAUCUCAAUGUUCUUGGAAAGUAACUGCAAACACAACAAAGUGAGCGCAGAAAACAUUCUGCAGAAGCAUGUUUCACAGGAAACAAUCUUCGAAUACCAUACAGAACUCUAA